UCAGGUUUAUCAUCAAAGGUGUUGGUGAUCACAUCUGUUCUCUGCUGAUUUUUAUCAGAUCAAGCUCAGUAUCUUCUACUGGAGGAAAUAAGAACAAGAUUUACCAAUGUCCACUGCACAAUCAAGAGGCAGUAUAAGAUGCUAAUUACAAAACUACCCAUAACAAACCUUGAGUCUGAUGGAGAGAGAAACACAGAUCUAAUUUCUCAAGAACAAGAAAAAAUAUUGAAUGCAUUGUUGGGGUUUUCCAAAGUUUUCCAAGUUCUAACAUCAUGUAAAAAGCCUAUUGUAGGACACAACGUUUUAACGGACUUGCUGCUAGCAUAUGAGAAUUUUUAUGAACAUUUGCCAGAGAGUUUUAAAGAUUUUAAACUGAAACUUCACAAAAUUUUUCCAGUGGUUUAUGACACAAAAUUGGUUGCCUUUGAAAUUAGUAGGAAUCCGGUCUUUUCACACUGUAACUUUUUUGAUGACACAAACUUAGAAAACCUUCACAAUUCGCUGUCAAGUAGUGACGCACGGUACUUUGCCCUUUUCGCACCCUCUGUGGUAUUUUCCGAAAAAUGUUACAGAUACCUCGACGAGAAAAUGCCUCAUGAAGCUGGGUAUGACUCAUUCCUCUCCGGUUUUGUUUUUCUUCGGAUGGCACAUAUGCUGGCAUAUAUGGGAUCAAGAAGGUCUCCCGAAGGACCGUUACCAUUUUCAAAAUUCCUUCGCGUGUUAAAGCCGUACGAGAAUCUACUACAUUUGAGCAGAGCACAAGUACAAUAUGUGAACUUAGCUGGUGCGGACACACCCUCUAUUCGACCUCAAUGGCUUUACGUUACCUCCAAAGAAAAAACCAAGCCACUAAUUGCCAGGACAUUGGCUCAGGAAUUUGCACACUUUAGUUCCGUGGACGUCAAAAUUUUAGACUUGCAACACGCACUAGUAGCUGUCCCUCAUCGUAGAAAAGCAAGAGAGGUCUUGCGUACAUUUCGACACCACAAAACGCUCAGUGUAAGGCAGUACCACCCACUUUUAGAUUCACCUGAGAUGAAGGUGGCUCUGUGGUGUGGCGGAACUGCUGUGAUCUUUUCGGCUGUUGCGGUGUUUCUGUGGAAAUCGUGGACAUAGUUAAUUUAUUUUACCAGUCAGAAACAAGUUAUCACUGAAAUUCUGUUAAUUUGGUCUGUUUCUUUUUUAUUUUAUACUAAUGUAAAGUAAAUAAAUUGCGGACACAGCUAAUAAAAUUCGCCAACUGAA